CAUGCUGAAUGUAGAGGAAAAUCAAAUUUAAAAAUAGCUUGAAGUAUGCUAACAGGGCAUCACUGACGCUCAUCGCUCGUAUGACACAAAACCCCACAAAUUAGCGCCUGGCCCCACACAUUAUUUUGGACUCGUUCGCGUCGGUCGUGCGAGUGUUGCGCGCUUUGAAAAAUUGAAACAGCAAAAACUCGCGCCGCGCCACUGAAACAUAAAACAUGGUUCACGCGAAAACCCACAAAUUAUGAAUCUUUUCUCGACCACACUCCGCUGAAAACAACAAGUCGUGCACGUCUAUAAAAAUGUGUAAACAGCUGUACUGAACUCAUUAAAAUAUAUUGUUUAUAUUCUUUUGGGAUGCUAUUUGCCGAGAGGCUGAAAAAUACACUCCGGUCCGGUCCCAGCGGCCCCUUCUGCCACCCUAAAUAAGGGCCUGGAAUGUAGUGUUUAUGUGUAUUGGUGCGGUCCAGUUUUGUGUAUAUCAAAGUCCUUUGCGUGUUUACCGAUUGUGCAGGAAAAUUAAGAAAAGCCAGUGGAAAAGUUCUGGCUGCUGGAGAAAAGUGUGCGGAAAAAAAGCAAAAAGGACAACGAAUUAGUCAUCAGAUCAGAGGCAGCGCUCCCCUGCUCACUACGGCGCAUCCUGUCCGUUUUUGUAUGUGUACGUGUGUGUAUGUGUAGUGGUGUCUAUUUUCGUAGUUCCGCCGGUUUUGGCACAACAACAAAAACAGCAGCAGAAGCAGCGGCACCAACAACAACAACAACUUGUUUGUUCCAUGCUUCAACGCUUCCCGAACCCUUUGCCGCUGGAGUAGGAGGAGGGUGAAGAGGAAAUCGAGAGAAUGGAGCGUAAAUUUACGCGCGGCUUGAAUAAGCUAACUUCGGCGGGCCAGAUGAGAGAGAAUGUCUCUCAGCUGGUGCGUGAGAGUGCCGUUUUGAAGAACAGCACUGGGAGCUAUCAGCUUAGUCUCUCUAUUGCGAGCAAACCUCUUGUGGUGGAGCCCAUAGAUUUUGAGGCGUUCGUGGCCAAAAAUAAAACAGUAAUCCAAAAUGAUCCGCAAAGGGAGUUGCUCAUCUAUCCAGCAGAUGAUGUUUCAGAGAUCAUCAUGCCACGGAAGCAGCGCACGACAGCCAAAUCAGUGGCGGAUCGCUUUGAGCCACCCAACGAGGCGAUUGUGUGUCCAUUGCAUGGCGCUUUAAUGGGGAAUGGGAAUGGUCACAGUCAGGUGAGCCGCCAGGGCAGCACUCAAUCGAAUGGCAGUCUCCACAAUGGGAAUGGGAAUGGACACAGCAGCUGCAGCAGUUUGAGCAGCGCCAAUGGGCACGGCGCCCAGCUGUCACGCAAGAGUUCACAGUGCUCGUCGAAUGGCUCCACAAGUCAGAAAGUGUCACAGGAGUCAUCCUAUGAGUCGGCCCUGUCCUCCAUUACACUGCGUUCGCAUCUCGCCCAGCCCGAAGAGGCGGAUGAGCUCGAGUUGGCGGAUGAGGCGUCACAUGGAGACGAGCUGGGCACUCAGCAGGGAUCACGUGCCGAGUGCACGAGGUUCACACGGCAGGCGCUUUACACCUACAGAGCCAAGAACCAUUUGAUCCAUUAUAAAUAUAAUGCCUAUGGUGGAAACUGUCAUGAUUUGCCCAGCAUCUCUCCGGCGGAGGAGCUUCUCGAAGAGGUGUACGAAAUCGAUGCCGAUCAGGAUCGCAUUGAUGAACAAAUGACACGCUCUCAGGCGGAUACGAUCACCAAGCAGGGAUAUCUGCUGAAAGGACCCGAUUCGGCUGCCGAUCGCAUGUUUGCCAAUAUAGGAAACAAAUCGUUUAAGCGUCGCUAUUGCUAUCUGCGGCAGGAGAUCGAUGGCACCUAUAUGCUGGAGCUGCACAAGGAUGAGAAGCAGGGCGACGCCAAGGCCACCAUUGUCAUGGAUUUUUGCACAGAAGUUGUCCAAAAUCCAAAACGUGGACGCUUUUGCUUUGAACUACGCAUGACAACGGGCCAUAAGUCGUUCACCUUGGCCGCCGAGAACGAGCAGGACUUUAAGGAUUGGCUGGGGAAACUCUCCUCAGUGCUGGCUCAGAAUCGUGCCCAGGAGGAGAAGCGCAAUGCCUCGCUCGAGCGCCAGCCAGGUCCCCAGCUGCUGCAGCCAGCGGAACAGCAGCCCACGUUUGGGACCCUAAAGGGUCUCGAUCAAUCGCUGCAUCCGCAGUUGAUGAAGUACGGCAGGGAGACAGAUCACUCGAUUGCCCUGGCCAGGAAGGAGCAGCGUCGACGCCUGUUUGCCUGCUAUCAGACAGCCUCGAAGGCCACAUCCAGUGAUAGUGUGGAGCAGUAUCGCGAGCAUUUCGGCACACGAAUGCUCCUCACGUGCCACAGUCUGCGCUUCCGGCUGCAGUGUGUGGCGGCAGAUGCUGGGCCCGGGCAGGAUGCAGAACAGCAGGUGGAGCCGUAUAUCACCAGCCUGGCGCUGUACGAUGCCAAGGCGGGGCGCAAGUUGAGCGAGAGCUUCUACUUCAAUGUGAAUGACUCGUGGAAUGCCCAACUGCUGCCGAAUACACCUGUUCCAGCCUCAGUGGCGGGCUGUGGCGUGCCCCGUCGUGCCGCAGAGGGGGAUGACAGGAGUGCCUCGCAGGCCCCACACUCCCUCUUCGAUAGUGUGUCGGCGGAGCUGCUGCGCUGUCCCCGACAGCAGUUCCAGCAGCUGCGGCAGUGCCUGCUCUCGGUGCGUGCCCCCCAUGCGGACAUCUAUCUGGUGGUGCGAGUGGAGAAGGUGCUGCAAUGUGGCAUUGCACAGGCCGCAGAGCCCUACCUGAAGGCGGGCAAGGAUCCGAAGCUCGGCCAAAAGGUGUGUAAGGCGGCCAAGAGCUGCGCCCAGCACAUCGGACACUACCGCCAGCCGUUUGCCUGGGCGGCCAAGCCUCUGUUCAAGCUCUACAGCCACGAACUGGACGUGGAGCCGCACAAGGACUUCGACUUUAGUCCCAUCUAUCGCCAGGAGCUGCCCAAGCUCAAGGACGAGGAGUUGCUCAAGCUCCUGUUGGACUAUCGCAAGCCGGAGAAGCUCAGCAAGCUGACCAUCAUCCCGGGGCACCUCAAGAUGCAGCUGCAGAUCCUGGAGAAGACAGUGCCCUGCGGUCUCAGCAAAUCCCUGGCUCCCCUCUCGACCUUCAGUCCGGCUUCCAAGCAGCCGCCGACCCUCGAGCUGGCAGAAUUCCAAAACCAAAGCGAAAGGGAGGCCCAUCCGUACACGAGCUUCUGCAAUCAUCUGUAUGUGUAUCCGUUGAGUCUGCAGUUCGAUAGCCAGAAACUGUUCUCGCGGGCCAGGAACAUCACGGUCGUGGUGGAGCUCAGAGAUGGCGAUGGGGAGUACAGUAAGCCCUUGAAGUGCAUCUAUGGUCGACCUGGACAUGAUCUGCUAGUCUCACAAAUAGCCUGUCCCGUACUGCAUCAUAAUGUCACCCCCACAUGGUACGAGGAGAUCAAAUUGCGUCUUCCUCUGGGUCUCUUUCCCGAGCACCAUUUGCUCUUCUCCUUCUACCAUGUGUCCUGUAAUCUGAGCAAGAAGCGAUCCGAUGCCCAGGCGGCCUUUGAGACGCCCAUUGGGUAUGCCUGGCUGCCGUUGCUGCAAAAGAAUCGCAUCUGUCUGGAGGAGCAGUCGCUGCCAGUGGCCGCCACAUUGCCAGUGGGAUAUCUGUCCAUACAGCCACUGGGCUGGGGCAAGGGGCAGAACUGCGGCCCCGACAUCCAAUGGAUCGACAAUCAGCGUCCCUUGUACACGGUGACCCUGCGACUGGACUCCACAGUGCUGACGGCGGAUCAGCAUCUGCACAACUUCUUUGCGCACUGCGAGCGUCUGCUGGAGGGUGGCAAGACGGGGGCCCUGCCAGCGGAAACGGAGACCUGCAAGAUUCUCAAGGCAGCGCACGCCAUCGACAUGUGUUCGCUGAUCAGCUACCUGCCGACGCUCCUGAACGAACUGUUUACGCUGCUGGUGCACACGCAGUCCGAGGAGAUUGGCCUGAAUGUGAUACGUCUGCUGACCAACAUCAUCCAUCUGAUAAGCUUCGACGCGAAGCGUCCCGAUCUGCUGGCCUCGUAUGUGAAGUACGUUUUCCACGCCCCGUACUACAGCCAGCAGACGGCCCGCCUGAGGACAGUGCAUGGGGAGCUGUGCAGACAUUUGCCGUAUCUGCUGAAUCCCAAGAAUACGGACUUCCUGAUCGUCAACAAAUUCAUGCGCUAUUCGGCCAUCUUUUUCGAUUUGAUUGUGAAGAGCAUGGCCCAGCACCUGCUGGCGACCGGGAGGAUUCGAAUGCUGCGCAACGAACGCUUUCCCAAGGAGUAUGCAGAUCGGGUGGAGCAGCUGAUCAAGGUGCUGAUCAUCUACAUCACGACGCGCUACGAUGAUUUGGGGGAGGAGACACAGCUCCUCAACCGUUCGUUGGCUCGCUUUGUGCGGCAGUGUCUCAGCUACAUGGAUCGGGGAUUUGUCUAUCGUUUGAUACGCUGCUACAUGCAGGAGUUUACCCCCGGCAAUCCACGGGUGCUGCACGAAUACAAGUUCAACUUCCUGCAGGAGAUUUGCCAGCACGAACACUAUGUGCCGCUCAAUCUGCCCUUUGUGCUGAAUCCAAAGAAUCGUCCGCCAGAGAUGAUGCAACACUUCACGCUCUCCGAGGAGUUCUGUCGUCAGCAUUUUCUCUCGGGUCUGCUGCUGCAGGAGCUGAAGAGCAGCCUCAACGAGGUGGGCCAUGUGCGGCGGCAUGCCCUGGCCAUCUUCAAGGACCUGCUGGCCAAGCACGAGCUGGACGGACGCUACCAGCAGCGCGGACAGCUCUCGCGCAUCGCUCUGCUGUACGUGCCGUGGCUGGGCAUAGUCAUGGACAAUCUGCAUCGCAUAGAUGACUUGUCCGAGGCGGCGGGAGCUACCACUCCGAACGGGCACGUCUAUGUGGAUUCCGCCUCGUACACAAAACGCCUGAGCUGCUCGAGCAGCUACGUUUUCAGCAAGGAUUCCUCGACAUUUGGCUCGUUGACGUCCACGCCGCGCUCGAAGAAUCGAAUGACAUUGCACAAUGAUCAGCUCAGUCCGUGCCGGACUUCGGUCCACAUGAGGGAGAACAAUUUUCUGGCAGCCAUUGCGGGACAGCCCAUAAGCAAUGGGAUAUCCAAUCUAUCUCUCAAUUCGAACACCGAUUCGGGGCACUCGCAGGACACCACCACCAUUGGGGCGUACACCAACGGGGAGGCAGAUGUGGCCCUGCGGAAUGGUCACAAUCGUUCUGUGAGCUUCACGCACGCCCAGAUCUUGUCACGCUGCGACAAGUUCAGUGUUGGGGAGAGCAAGGAUCUGCUGUUGGGAUUCCUCUUUAUUGUGAAGCACUUGUCGCAGGAUCAGAUGGUGGCCUGGUGGCAGAACUGCAACGAAACAGAGACCCUGCAAUUUCUGGCCAUACUCGAUCUCUCGCUGCAGCAGUUCCGCUAUGUGGGCAAGAAGAGUGUGCUGCUGACGGCGGACUCGCGUCAGAUGCGUGCUACGAAGGCGCACACGCUGCCCGCGAGGACUGCCCCACCCACAGGUCUGGAGAACGGCCAUCAGCAGGAGCAGCAGCAGCCGAGCAGUGGUACUCUGAAUCAGCCAAGAGAACAUCUGUUGGAGGACAUGGCCAGGACGCAGCUGGCUCUCUACGAAUCAAAUCUGGCCACAGAGGUGGGCAUGAUCAUACUCGACUGCCUCGGCAUGUAUGUCCUGCAGUUCCGUCAGCUGCUGACCGACAGCCUGGUGCUGCGCAAGCUGGCGAGGGUAUAUCUGCGCUUUCUGCAGUUGGGGCAGUCGGAGAGGCUCUCCAAGCAUGUGUUUGCCGCCCUGCGCGCUUUCAUCAACAACUAUUCGGUGGCCCUGUUCAAGGGCAAUGCCAUGCUGUGCGGCCAGAUGGUGUACGAGCUGCUGAAGGCCUGCGACAGUCGCCUGGUGGAGAUCCGACACGAAUCCUGCGCCGUUCUGUAUCUGCUGAUGCGCAGCAAUUUCGAGUUUAGCGGCCGCAAGGCCCUGACGCGCGUUCACUUGCAAGUCAUCAUCUCGGUGUCGCAGAUGAUCGGCAAUGUGAUUGGGCUGAACAAUGCCCGAUUCCAGGAGAGUCUAUCGAUCAUCAAUAGCUACGCCAACAGCGACAAGGCCAUGAAGGGCACCGGCUUCCCCAUGGAGGUGAAGGACCUAACGCGUCGCGUGCGCACUGUCCUCAUGGCCACCGCCCAGAUGCAGGCCCAUCACAUGGACCCCGAGAGGCUGCUCGAGCUGCAGUAUUCGCUGGCCAAUUCGUAUGCCUCCACACCCGAGCUGCGGCACACCUGGCUGGUCACCAUGGCCCGGAAUCACGAGCAGAACGGCAAUCUCUCGGAGGCCGCAUGCUGUCAUCUGCAUAUCGCUGCCCUCAUGUGCGAGUAUCUCCGCCUGCGUGGCACCGCCUGCUCCAGUCUCAGUUGGUCCUCGGCGGCCUUUGGCAAGAUAUCACGCAACAUACCGCUGGAUGAGCAGGGCCUCAAGCUGGAUGCUGGCGCCCAGGACUCGCAGUACACCGAAUAUAUGCUGCUCGAACAGCUAAAGCAGUGCGCCGAUCUGCUAGAUCGUGCCGAGCGUUUCGAGUGCCUCGGAGAUCUGUACAAACUCAUUCUGCCCAUCCACGAGAGGGCCCGCGACUUCAUCGAGCUGUCCAAUUGUUACGAGCACUUGGCCCAGGCCUACAGCAAGAUUGUGGAGGUCAAUCGGUCGGGCAAACGCAUGCUGGGACGUUUCUAUAGGGUUGUCUUUUACGGCAUGAUGUACUUCGAGGAGGAUCAUGCCAUUGAGUAUGUGUACAAGGAGCCCAAACUCACUUCGUUGAGUGAGAUCUCCGAGCGUCUGGCCAAGCAAUACAAGGAGAAAUUUGGAGCGGAUGUUGUUAAGCUAAUCAUGGACUCGUCACCGGUCAAAGUCGAUGAAUUGGAUGCCAAGUUGGCCUACAUACAGGUCACCCAUGUGAUCCCCUUCUUUACCAAAACAGAGCUCGAUCAGCGCCUCAAUGAAUUCGAGCAGAAUCAUGAUGUGAACACCUUUAUGUACGAGACGCCGUUCACCAAGUCGGGAGCAGCCCGUGGCAGCGUUGAGGAGCAGUGGAAACGCAAGACAGUCAUAGAGACUACAUACUCGUUUCCCUAUGUGCUGAAGCGUAUUCCUGUCAAGUCCCGCGAGAUCAUCGAACUGAGUCCCAUUGAAGUGGCCAUCGAUGAGAUGCAAUCCAAGGUUUCAGAGCUGGAGGAGAUUAUCAUGCCGCCAGCCGAUGUGAAGAAGUUGCAAUUGCGCCUGCAAGGCAGCGUCGCGGUGACGGUAAAUGCCGGUCCCCUGGCCUAUGCACAUGCCUUUCUGGAUGCCAAGGUCAUCAAUAACUUUUCGCUCGAUCGCGUUGGUGAUCUGAAAGAUGUUUUUCGUGACUUCAUUGGCGUCUGCCACAAGGCUUUGUGCGUGAACGAGCGCAUGAUCAGUGCCGAUCAGAAGGAGUACCAUCAUGUGCUGAAGGAGAACUACGAGAAACUAUGUCAGGCGCUUAGUGAGUUGCUCGACGACGAGUCCUUCCAGCCGCUUAGCGAAGAUGCUGAAAGCAUAAAUCAGCGCAAUAGCACGGCUUUGUUCAACGCAAUCAGUGGCGCCUCACAUAACUCAAGAUUGUAUUUUGUCGAGCAAGAUACCACCACCCACCACUACCACCACCACCACCAACACCAUCCCCACAUACACACACAGAACUCUAGACAUAAUCCAUAACCGAUUGAAUAUCCUCUUGUGAAGAUUGUUUAUUUUUGUAUCUCAGUUUUAAGUGACUUUGAUCUUAAAUCGCUUCGAUUUUGAUUUUAAUUGUAUAUUUAUUUGGAUUUUUUCUAUAAUAUAUUUGUAUAUUUCUUAUGACAUACCAAAAUCACUGAUUAAACCACGAAUCGAAUUAAUUGUACAAGUUAGCCUUAGAACUGUAUAUUAUUAUUUUAAUUGAAUUCGAUUUUAAUAGUAUAUACCAUAUAUACAUACAUAUAGUGUAACCUGAAUCAGCUACUUUAUUAGAUGAAAUCUGCUAACUCUGUGUCUUCUUGAAAUCUCUAAAUGGCUAACAAAUUGUUUAAUAAUUUAAUUAUUCCUAAACGUAAAUGUAUAAUUACCUACAUAACUAGAUAAAUAAGUUCCAACAAGCAACAGAACUUACCAAAGUAUUCAGAUAAAGGAAAUAACUAUUAAAUGAUAUAUAUGGAUAUAUAUUUACAUGCAUUUUCUAGUGAAAUAUAGAACUAUAAUGAACUAAAUAAAAAUAUAUG